AAUUUUUUUUUUGGCUGAUGUAGAACACUAUACGACACCGUGUAGGCGAAAAUGAAGGCGCUUUAACAGAGAAGGAGGGAGACAAAAGGAUAACGUGGCGAAAUGAAGGCCCUGCACCUGCAGCUGCAGCUGCUCCCUCAUCCCUUCUCCGCCCUUCCUUUUCACCAUCCAUGGCGUCUCUCUUCUCGCUCCCGUUUCUCCUCUGCAACCCGCUACCGUCUCUGGGAUUCUAAUGCCGAAGACGAAGAACCCUUCGACCCCGGCAUUCGCUUCCGAACCACCCGGAACAAGCGGCGGCGAUGGUGGUCCGACGACCCGGCGCCGGAGUUCGAGGAAGAAUCUUCUGGGAUCUUGGAUGAAGUAAUCGACAGUGUCUGGAUUUUCAAGGUGUUCAAAUCCUACGGUUGGACUCUUCCACCCAUAAUCAUCUCACUGCUGCUGAACUCAGGGCCUAAAGCUUUUCUAAUGGCGCUGGCCCUUCCACUUGCCCAAUCAAUCAUAUCUCUGGCGUUGGAGAAGCUGUGGGGAGCAGCAGAGAGAAGGCCAAAGCGCAGCGCCAGAAGCAGGACCAGGAAGAGGUCAUUUUACAGCACUGAGACUAAGGUUCAAGAAGAAGAAGAAAAAGGAAAGAUGGGGUAUGGAUAUCAGUCAUGGGAAGCUAGAAAGGAGGGCAGAAAUGGGAGCAGUUAUGGGGGAUGGGAGGAUUUGGAUGGAGUUGGGUCUGAGAGAGAGCCAAAAUCUGGGGUGAGACCCAAGAAUCAGAGCAGCACCACAUCAAUGGAGAAGGGUAAGUUGAGUUGGAGAGAGAAGAAAAGUGAUACUCCCUUGCUGUUAAGAUUGUUGAUUGCUGUUUUUCCAUUUUUGGGUUCAUGGACUAGGAUGCUUUAGUUGAAGGCUCUUCUAGACUUCUAUACUUGGGUUAGAGUUUACUCAUUGUUUUGGUUACAUUAAACCUCAAGAAGUUACUCAUCUUGUUGAGAACAGGAUAAAAAAUUCACAAUAAACCUAAUGUAAUAGUGUGAGUUUCUAUACUUCAGUAUAAGUUAACCUGUAA